UUGUAUCCAUACAUACAUCCAUAUAUGCAAUACACAUAUAAAUAUAGCUGUACACUGACAAUACACUAGUAGUUUAUAUUGAGAACAAUUUAAAGAAUAUAAUAAAAGGCAUAAAAAAACAAUCAAGAUAAUUUAAUCUUAUCUUUAAACACUUACUGCGAUACCAGAUUCGAUUCAUUUAGACAUCAAGUAUCAACGUGUUACUAUCCAAUUUUUUUUUUUUACAUCUGUUACAAUUUAUUACUAUUAGUUUUUUAUUAAUAAAAAUUUAUUUUAUUACUAUUUACAUUUUGUUAUGACGGAUAUGCGUAGAGAAGAAAAAGAUUAUUUAGAAAAACCAUCUCUGCCAACUUAUGGUGGCAGUAUGGAACGGGAUCUUCACCAACGAGAUCGAGUUGGUGUCCAGGAUUUCGUACUCCUUGAAGAUUUUCAAAAUGAACAGGCAUUUAUUGACAACUUGAGAAAAAGAUUUCGUGAAAAUCUUAUCUACACAUAUAUAGGCCAAGUAUUGGUAUCAGUGAAUCCGUACAAAUGGUUACCGAUAUACGAUACGAGUACAAUUGAAUAUUACGAGAGGAGAAAUUUUUUUGAAGCCCCACCUCACAUAUUUGCAUUAGCUGACACAGCGUAUCGUGCGUUAACGAAAGAAAAUCGCGACCAAUGUAUUUUGAUAUCAGGAGAAUCCGGUUCUGGUAAAACCGAAGCAUCUAAGAAAGUACUAGAGUUUAUUGCCGCAGCAACUGGUCAUAAAAAAAAAGUUGAAGCUGUCAAUGUUAAAUUGAUUGGUAGUAAUCCAGUACUCGAAGCAUUUGGUAACGCGAAAACUAAUAGAAAUGAUAAUUCAUCACGAUUUGGAAAAUAUAUGGAUAUACAAUUUGAUUUCCACGGCGAUCCAGUAGGUGGAAAUAUUUUAAAUUAUUUACUCGAAAAAUCCCGAGUAAUUCAUCAAUCUAGUGGCGAACGUAAUUUCCAUAUAUUCUAUCAACUCCUCGCUGGCGCAAAUGACGAAACACUUCGAAAACUAUUUCUCAAACGGAAUCUUGAUACUUAUUAUUACUUAAGCAACGGUACAAAAGGUACAGUAGACACAAUAGACGAUGUAGCGCAAUACAAUCGCGUAAUUGAAGCAAUGAAGACCGUUGAAUUAAAUCAGCAAGAGCAAGACGAUUUAUUUUCAAUAGUUGCCUCAGUAUUGCAUAUGGGUAAUGUAGGAUUUACCGAAGAAGAAGGCCAGGCUAAAAUCCUAAAACCAGCUUCCGUAGAAGCGAUAGCUUCUCUAGUAGGCUGCGAUGUCCAUCAGUUGGCCAAAGCAUUCACUCAUCGCACAAUAAAUGCCCAAGGUGAUGUUGUUAUUUCACCGUUAAAUCGCGAGCUGGCAAUUUAUGCGCGCGAUGCCCUCGCAAAAGCUGUAUACGAUCGUCUAUUUACUUGGCUAGUCGCCCGUCUCAACAAAUCUUUGCAAUUUAAUUCACAAAAUUCAAGUGCGCGCACUAACGUCAUCGGUAUCCUUGAUAUCUACGGGUUUGAAAUUUUUCAAAAAAAUAGUUUUGAACAAUUCUGCAUUAAUUAUUGCAAUGAAAAACUUCAGCAAUUAUUUAUACAACUGACAUUGCGCAGUGAGCAAGAAGAAUAUCAACGCGAAGGUAUCACUUGGGAGAACAUCGAUUACUUUAAUAACAAAGUAAUUUGUGAUUUGAUUGAGGAAAAAUACAAAGGAAUAAUUUCACUUAUGGACGAAGAAUGUCUGCGUCCUGGCGAGCCGACGGACAUUAGUUUUUUGGACAAAUUGAACUCAAAUUUGAGCAGCCAUCCCCACUACAUAAGCCACCAGAAAGCAGACAUUCAGACACAGAAGAUAAUGGGUCGCGAUGAAUUUCGUUUGGUUCAUUAUGCCGGUGACGUCACUUACAACGUUCGCGGUUUUCUUGAAAAAAAUAACGACCUAUUGUUCCGCGAUCUACGCGAGGUGAUGUCACAUACGACCAAUUCAAUAACGCGGGCUAUUUUUGACGUCAAAGAUUUAAAAAGUAAGAAACGUCCUGACACAGCAGUCACACAAUUCAAAAACAGUUUAAAUAAUUUGGUGGAUAUUCUUAUGGGUAAAGAGCCUUCUUAUAUACGAUGCAUUAAACCAAAUGAUUUUAAAAUCUCGGGACAAUUUAAUGACAAAAUAGUGUUGCAUCAAGUAAAAUACUUGGGAUUGAUGGAAAAUUUGCGAGUACGCAGAGCCGGUUUUGCUUAUCGACGUCCCUAUGAUCAGUUUUUGCAACGUUACAAAUCGCUUUGUCCGUCAACGUGGCCUUCUUAUCAAGGUACUGCGAAAGAAGGUGUCCAGAUACUGGUGUCUCAUCUGAAUUAUGAUGACAACGAAUACCAAAUGGGCAACACUAAAUUGUUCAUACGAUUUCCGAAAACUUUGUUCGACACUGAAGAUGCGUUUCAGCGAAAGAAAAAUGAUAUCGCGGCAAUAAUCCAAAGUAAAUGGAAAGGAAGACAGCAGAGGAGGACGUUCUUGAAGAUGCGCAAGGCUGCUAUUGUAUUAGAAAAGUACGUGAGGAGAUGGAUCGCUAAGAGGGAAGCGAAAAGAAGACGUCAUGCUGUCGAUACACUCAGGAAAUUUAUAAAAGGUUUCAUUACGCGCAAUGGGCCGCCUAAUGAAGUCAAUGUUGCCUUCAUUGAACUGGCCAAGUCUCAAUGGCUAAUUAGGCUCUCGAAAAAUUUACCGCCGGGUGUAUUAAAUAAUUACUGGCCACCUUGCCCAUAUGCUUGCUCUGAGGCUUCUGAACACCUGCGUGGUAUGUACAAGAAAUGGAAAGCACGCAAGUAUCGAUUGUCCCUAACACCUGCGGAAAAAGACCACUUUGAGUUGAAAGUACUCGCGGAGAAAUUGUUUAAGGACAAAAAAAAAUCUUAUCUACGAAGUGUGGGCCCAAGAUUCUUGGAUGAGAGACUGGGCAAUGAGUACAGUGCUCUGAAACAGACGGUCGCUGGUAAUAUUCUGUCGGCUGAUGAAAGUAUUGAGUAUGCGACACCCGUAGUUAAAUAUGACCGCCAUGGAUACAAACCGCGGGAACGUAUUUUGAUUUUGACUGGCAAGGCUGUUUAUAUUUUGGACACUACCAAAAGUUAUAAACUAAAACAUCGUCUUCCUUAUGAGUCUAUUCAGGAAUUAGUUGUUACAGGAGAGUCUGAUAAUUUGUUAAUUGUUAGAAUUCCUCCGGAACUUAAAAAAGAUAAGGGCGAUUUAAUUCUUGAAGUACCACAAAUUAUUGAAGCUAUUACCCGAGCUAUUAGUAUUACUAAUAAUCCAAGAAUAUUAAAUAUCGUUAAUAAAGAAACAGUCUCACAUAAACUAGUCAGUGGUAAAGAAGGUACAAUAGAAUUUAGAAGAGGUAAUACACCCGCAAUCACUAAAAAUCGACAAAGUGGUCAUUUAUUAGUGGUUGCUUCACCAUAAUAAAAAAAAAAAACUUCUAAACAUAAAGCUGCCUCAACAAUGUGAUUGAAAUAAUAAGAAAUAAUAUAUGAUGUUUUUUUUUAAGAUUGUUUAAAUAUUUCUACUUCUAUAAAAUUAUUAUUAUUAUUAUUAU